AUGGGCCGUCUGAAAGCCAUCGGUCGGUCGGUCGGUCGAGAAGUCGAUGGACGGCGACCUCGUAUCGAACAACGCUUGGAAUGUGAAGUGCACAUUCCUCGUUUGUGGUCUAAUGCGAUGACGGUAGUCGUUCGUCGGUUGUCGUCGACGCCAUCGUCGCUCACCUGCUCAAGCAAGGACAAUGAGCAUGCGGCUAAGUGUGUCAACGGCGGAGUGGAAGUCACCUUUAAUGGCUCGUAA